CCCCGAGGCUCAGCGGCUCGCGGUGGAACAGGAGAGAGUGUCCGCGCCUUCUCAGGAGGCACCAACGGUCUGUUCUUAUUGGAAAAAACAAGAAUAUUUCAGCUCAUUCAUGGCGAAAUUAGUUUUAUUCGACGCUCAGAACCAUAUUCAUUCCGGACCGCGGCUCUGACAGCGACAGGCGACGAGAAUAUCCGCAGCUCUCAGCAGUUGGAGUUUACCGAGGAUUUUCACAGCAGUUUCGAGCUUGGAGGCGCGCGAGUGCCGGUGUCGUCGUCUCCGUGAGCGCCUUUUCGUGCUUUCUGGUGACAGCUGACACUUGUUCGAUUUCCGAAGACUAGAACGCCUGAUCUGUCUCCCCCUUUCUGGUUCACCGGGUGUCCCUGUCAGUGCCGGGCAGCCUGCACACUCACCCCGGCGCGGCCUCGCUCCUUACCGAGUUCCCGGCGACUACACAGCUACCUCCCCGGUAGAGCCAGUUACCCACACUCCACUAAAACACCUGCCGUGUUUAGAACUACCAAAACCAGUGGAUCCUAGGAGAAAUAACGGACAAGAGAGACGCGGAUCUGUGCGCGGGUGAUAUAACUUAAGACAGACAAAGCUGUCAUACAACAUUUCAACAGAUCUCUGAAUUUACAUAUUGAGUUUUUUUGGCUUCUUCUCUCGAGCAUAUCCGUUAUAGAGGUAAUAGACGACAAAAAGUCAAUUAUACAAACUAAUCACGCAUUGUGCAAAGGCAAGGCCUCGUCUGCUAACUCCGAUAGCUAACGUUACAUCGCUAACUCCCAGCCUGGGUUUAAUCAGCUUCUAAUCUUAUCAACCGCUCUUUUGACUCUUAUUCAUCGCUUAUUUUGUUGCAUACGACACAAUAGCGAAGCUAUUUUAAUUUAUUGUUAACGUUCAACGCACAGGACGACAUUCCUAGCCAAGAGAUCUCUUGAGCUAAAGCAGGAGGAAACAGAGCUGUCAGCCUUUAUUUUCUACUACUCGGCCUGAUUAACUCCAACCUUGAGAAACAAACCCCCCCGGUGAAGAAUCUUAUGUGUUGUGUUGUGCUUGUUUCAGCUGACCUUUGCUACCAAAAUUAACUAAGUCCCUCGCGAGCUUCUUGCGCAGCAACCCGCUGCAUGCACUGAUACGGGGAAGACUUGAUUUAUAUUUUUGUACCAUAGUUCAGGAGUCAUUUAGAUAUCUAGUCAAAUAUCUGCACAAACCUACUACUGUUUAGCCAUGAGUAUUGAGAUUCCAGUCGGUCUGACGGAGCUGCUUCAAGGCUACACCGUGGAGGUGCUGCGCCAGAGGCCGCCGGACCUGGUGGAGUUUGCCGUGCAGUAUUUCACCCGUCUGCGGGACACCAGGAACCAGGACGGGUCCGGGGUCGCCACCGCCAAAACCGGGGGGAAGGGAGUGAUGUUUGAUGGCGAACCGAUGCAGACCGAGUCGAACGGCGAUGACGAGGACGAGGACGAUGACUCAGACUUUGAGCCUCCUCCCCCCAGCAGAUUUAACCGGAGAGUGUCGGUGUGUGCGGAGGCAUUUAACCCUGAUGAUGAUGAGGAAGACUCUGAGCCGAGAGUUGUUCAUCCAAAAACAGACGAGCAGCGUUGUAGAUUACAGGAGGCCUGCAAGGACAUUCUGCUGUUCAAGGCUCUAGAUCAGGAGCAGUUUUCAGAGGUGCUGGACGCCAUGUUUGAGGUUCUUGUGCAGCCACAAGAUCACGUCAUUGAUCAGGGAGAUGAUGGGGAUAACUUUUAUGUAAUCGAGAGGGGCGUGUAUGAUAUUGUGGUAAAGACGGAUUGUGUGGGUCAGUAUAAUAAUAAGGGCAGUUUCGGAGAACUGGCCCUCAUGUACAACACUCCACGUGCUGCAACCAUCAUUGCUACAGAGGCUGGAGCCCUCUGGGGACUGGAUCGGGCGACUUUCCGUAGACUCGUUGUGAAGAAUAAUGCAAAGAAGAGAAGGGUGUAUGAAAUCUUCAUAGAGUCUGUUCCACUGCUCAAAUCACUGGAGUUAUCUGAGAGGAUGAAGAUUGUUGAUGUGCUGGGUGUAAAAUCAUUUCAUGAUGGAGAGAGGAUCAUUAUGCAGGGUGAUAAAGCUGAUUGCUUUUACAUUGUGGAGUCUGGAGAAGUGAAGAUUAUGAUGAAGAGUAAAACGAAAGCAGACAGACAGGAUAACACUGAGGUCGAGAUCACUCGCUGCAGUAGAGGGCAGUAUUUCGGAGAACUCGCUCUCGUCACUAAUAAACCACGUGCUGCCUCUGCCUAUGCUAUAGGGGAAAUCAAAUGCUUGGUGAUUGAUGUACAAGCCUUCGAGCGCUUGCUGGGACCCUGCAAGGAGAUCAUGAAGAGGAAUAUCGCCCAUUAUGAGGAGCAGCUGGUGGCUCUGUUUGGAUCCAGCGUGGACCUGAGGGACUGAGACAGACUGGCCGUGCCUUACACACACACACACACUAUACAACACAACACAUAGGUUAUACAUUCGAAACAUUUUGUAGGCACACAUUCCUUUUUAUGUGCACUCAUACUCCAUCAAACACACUCACACUUUCAAAUCAUACCUCACAAACACACACACACACACACCUGUUAUUGCGUCAGCUGUUCAGUACGAAAUAAAAGCAUUACCAGCUCAACUGCUGUGACCCUGAACUAACCACAGCCUGGAGAGGACAUAUGCGCACAUACACACACACACAUUCACUUUCACCAAAAAUUCCUAGCCAAGGACCCAUCCUUUCUCAUGGUCACUUGCAGUCACAACAAAGAAAAAAGAAAAAGAGACCAGAUAAAAGAAUCUAUGUUUAAACAAGAAAAAAGUUGAUAUCUUUCAAUAAAAAAAUGCAAAAAAGCGCAAAAAUUUAACGUUUUAGAGCAUUUUAUGACAAUGCAAAGCUUUGAUAAACUUGUUUAAAUAUGACCUGUUUUCAUUCCCUGCUGUUGGUGCAUAAAAGUUUUUUGCUGGUGGUAUCCACAGUGACUCGUUCUCCUUACUUAAACUCCACAUUGUAUUGAUUAAUGUAUUAUUAUUAUUAUUACAUAUUUUUGUUGAAAGGUUGCCUUGCUGUUACACCGCCCCCUAAUUGGAGGAUGCGAGGCCGAAUCUAGUGCGAAUUUUCCCCAUUAGUCUUUCUGAAUGAGUCGUCCUGAAAAAUAAAUAAAGCAGACAUUUUGGUAACCUGCUAGACUCUUAUGUUGUGAAUGGUUGUGUGCGUGCGUGUGUGUGUGUGUUGGACGAUGUGGUCUGUUAUUACAGGAACAGUGCCAUUUUAAAUAUCAGGAAUCAGUUUUGUUUGUAAUCUUUUGAUUGGAAACACCAUACAAGUGUUUUGGAAUGGAGUGUUUUUUUUUCUUUAGGGCGUUAGCUGGCUAUUGUUAGUUUAUCACUUUUGAGGGUUGGCUAGUUUCAGCAUUUACAGAUUGUACUUUUAAUAAACUUUGGAUAAAUCA